AGGAUCGUAUGUCCUCCAGGAGCCGAGGGCGCAGUCUCCUGAAGCACUUCUCCCGUCAGAGGUCCCCGCCUGGUGACGAGGAUGGCGGCGGCUCCAGGAUCUCCAGUCUCCGCCCGAAGUCAGUGGGCUCCUCCAUCCUGGUGGACAAGGAGUGGCAGCGGAGUGAUGAACUCCUGGACCUGAUGGUCGCCCAGGGCAAGAUCUCCAGGGAUGACAGGGACGACCUCCUCAAGAAGUUCGCCACGGACAGGAACUUCAAGAGCGGGGAUGCUCAACGGAUGAUCCUUGCCAACCUUGUUAAAACUGGAAGGAUAUCCAUAGAUGAUGCAGUCCACUAUUCCCGGUUGCUAGGAAUCGUAGCAUCUGCAGAGACAGAGGCAAGGACCAUCGCAGAGGUCAGCAACGCCUUUCAGGAGAAGAGAGUGUAUAAUUUUGGAGUGUACAAGUACUACAAACACCGCACAUGCCAGCGGAGAAUCCUACAGAUUGAUUUCCAGGCAUGCCAGCUGUGUAACAUACAGAAAGGAAACCUGAAUAGAAAGUUUACCUUUGCAACUGUAACAGACUACGAGAGUGAGGAGGGGCUCAGGUUUUUUAUCUACUUCAAAGAUCAUCAUGAAUAUGAAUUGGAAGCAGACACGUUAGAGGAAAAAGAAAAGAUCUGCAGGUUGCUUCAUCUGAUUGUGGAACAAAACAAAUCGACGGCAACAGGGCGGGUACUGAGCCAAGCUGACUUCAGGGGGACGCUGACCCAGUGCCAGACAGUCAUCAAGGAAGGCUUCCUAGAGAAGAAGAACCACAAUCUCUACACAACAUGGACAAGGCGAUGGGUAAGGAUAAGGCAAGGAGAGUUGUCCUACUACAAACCCGACGAUGACAACCAACAGGCACUCAACAUCCUCCAGCUUUCUAGAGAGGUCAACCUGGUCAAGAAGGUCAAUAACAAUGGCUUCAGUAUCUCAACGAGGAAGAAGGUCUACUUUUUUCGAGUCAUUGUGAGUGGAAAUGUUACUGCAGCUGAACUAGAGAGGCAUCGAGAUGAGUGGUUCAAGGCUAUCCGCUAUGGAUGCGGUGAUAGGAGAGAGUCUGUGGCGAACCUUGGAGAUGAUAGCUUUAAUACCAGUGCCGUUACCACCAACGGAAGCAUCAAGUCACAGAGAGAAAGCAUUAAUACCAUGCUCAAAGGAUAUUAUGAGGAAUUAGAAGCUCUUAACUCAGUAAUGGGUGGAAUGGACGGUAAGAGCACAGAAGCCAAGAAGACGGCCAUGAGGUUACAACAGAUCAUCAAACAUCUUGAAAGCUUCAUAACCGAUUACAAGCCAUCUAACGAUGAUACAAGGCCGGACAGCUCCAGUGGGAAUUCAGCAUCUCUCGAGACUGACAUCUCAUCGAACGGUGAUCGUCCUGCCAAUUCCUUAAUAGAAAAUGGUAUCAGUGAUCAGAGUAGUAUGGACGAAUCUGCUUCCACCAAAAACACUACCACAGACUCUGUAAGGCUGUCCAUAAUCUACCGAAACAGCUGGGCACAGUUUGAGAACAACGGCAUGCGGACAUCGUCAGUCGUCAGCUGCAAAGACAGCGACCCCCUCAAGAACAGUUUGGAAGAUGGGAAGCAGUGUAACGGCUCGGAGAAGAUCACACUGUCCUCCAUCAAAAAUGGCCUCUCAGACAUCUUCCCGCGGAACAGCGUGAUGAUGAACGGAGGCGACAUAACAGGCGGGCUGGAGACAGUCCCUGAAAGUAAGCUGGAGAAUGGGGUGGAGGCCACCGUAGCCAAUAGCAAUGCGGCAUUCCUGGAGCAGUUGGACGCCGAUGCCAAUGGGAACAAACCAACUGCUCCAACGCCCAACCAAAAUGCACCUAACAAUGGACACAUUCCUCUAAUCUUAGAAGACUCUCUGCCUCCCCUUCCUCCUCCCCCUCCCCCACAAUUAGGUAAGUUACCUUGCAUGCAUAGCACCUACAAAUAUAUAUGCUGUACAUGCAUCAAGUUUGUGAUCAAAACACCAGUUAUCUUAUCUUAUUUCAAAUUUGAAAAUCUAAAGGUUGAUUGAUCACCUCCAUUUCUUUUUAAAAAUAAUACCAUUAUUAAGAUUUUAUGUUAUGAUUUUGCAACCAUGGAGUGCAUAUUAUAUUAGAUGAAAGAAGGGUAAGGUUAAAAAAUGAAAAGAUAGGAAACACGCAUAGUUGUUACUAUGUGGUGCACUACAUAGCAAUGUGACAUUCUUAAAAGGAUGCACUUUUUUAAAAGAUCAGUGAAUAUUUGGGGGCGUUUGGACGUUCCCCAUUACUUCCAUGUUUUCCUUUCAGUCCCUGAAAAAUAUCAUAUUUAGUGGGCAUCCUUACGCUGAUUGUGCUUAAUAAAAUGAUUAUCCUGUAACAUCAUUACAGAAAUCUUAAAACCAAACUCCUGACUUUAAACCAGUUGAACUUUUUUGCGCACCACCAUUUUAUUCAUAUCAACAUGUACUCUUGUACUGAAACUGUCCUCAAGUAGUGCAUGCUUCCAGUGAGAUAUCUUAAAGUUGAAUUAAGAAGGGGGUGAGUUUCCAUAAAUAUAGGUUCUACAUACAAUAUAUAGUAUAUAUAAGUUGUUCAAACACAUAGCAUGUCACAAUAAUCCUCUGCCUUCUCGAUAUUUUGCUUUGAAAGUCUAUGAAAUUAGCCACCUGUCAGAGCCCGAGAGACGAGUGUACAGAAAAGUCACUCGGAGUGUGACGUCACCGGGGGGAAUUUAGUAUAAGAGGUGCCUGAAUGUCAUACAGAAAUGCUAUGCAGAGAGAGAAAGAUAUUUUACAAUUUUUUUUCAAAGCAACUCAAAUCAAACAAAUAGGACUGAUAUGUACAAAUCUUUACUUUCCCUGUAUAAAAAACAGUAUGAAUAACCACCAUGAACUCUUCAAUCAUGAUGUAAGAUAGCAAACAGUGAGUUAUUGAAUGAUAUUUUCACUAUUUCUCAUUUAUUUUAUCACGAUGUUCAAUCAAGUGAGUAGCUGGAUAGUAAUUCCGGCGGCUAGCUCAGCGCGCGCUGAACGCAUAAUACUAGUACACACAACACCCAGGCAUUGAGUGUACUGUUAUGGUCUGGUAUGUCGACUUAGUUCAUGGCCGUGCAGCGAUCCCCUGGCGUUUUUUCUUCUUUUCUUUUGUCUUUGACUCCACUUUUAUAUCCUCUGGAUCAUUUCCACUCAUAGCUCAUUCCACAGAACAAUCUUGAACCAAACGUAUAGUAUUCUUUCUCGGCCUUCUGAGUUGUUUUCUAUAUUUAAUUACGCUAGGGGUCACCGUCACACAUACAAACGCAAUUCGGAAGUGAGUUGAAGACAGAAAGAUAUAUAGUAAUUAGUAUACAUCUCUAUGGUUGAAGACAACAAGAACGGUACGGUAGCUCGACAGCUAGCUGCGCCGGAGCGGGCGGCCGGUCGGCACAAAGCAAUUCCGCAACCAACUGUGUUUUUUUGCAAGAGCCGCGUCACACGCGGAUAAAUAUGUCAUAAUAACACGUCUGCUACGUUAUCGACUGGUGAGAAGAUCUCGAUCAAAUUUCAUAUUAUUCACCUUGAAAUUAUUCCUUUAGGGUCUAUGGUAUCAUUCUGAGGGAAUUCACAUAUUUGGAAUAAUAGUACGGCCACAAAUAUUUUAAUCAUUUCCUCUUUGCAAGUUCUAUGGCUCGCAGAUACAACUUCAACUGCAGUUAUUCCAUAUGAGAAGUACGUGCAUAGUACACAAAACGGCACUGCCUUGUUUACUACACCGGGACCGAAUACCCCCCCCCGGUGACGUCACACUCAAAGAACACCCGUCUCGGUAGGCAUUGCAGGAGCGAACUCAGGGAAAAUGGGUAGGGAUAAAUCGUUCAAAUUCACUAUUUUGAAAAAAGAAAAUGGGGGGUCGAAUCACCUAUUAGUGUUUGGGGGGUUGUAAGGUUGCUAUUAAUGUAAAUAUCUCAAUAUUUGGAAUCGUCUUCUUAAUUCAACUUUAACAAAAGUGUAGGAUUAGACAAGUAGGAUGGGAAAGGAAAUGGCCCCGUUACCCUAGACUCUAUAGGCCUUUGUGCAUGCCCCCUCUUAUUGAGUGAAUACUGUUCCUACCUCACCACUCUCUCUCCUGGGGCCACUUCUCUAGCUGUACAUUCUUGUGGUUUAGCACAUCAGGGAAAAUAUUCAGAAGUCUUGCCCCAUAAAUUUCUUAAUAUUCUUUGAUUUUGUAUGAAACACUCUCACUAAACAUGGCCAAGACUCUUCUAAAAAUAUCUUAGAUACUAGAGGUUCUAGUUUCCUUCUUUUUCAAAAAAUCACAGUUGUAAAGUUACACAAAAGACAAGAUAUAAAAGGUUUUUUUCUGGAUGAUGUGGAAGUUUAAUUGAGAUUGUACAGUGUGCACAUAUCAUGCUUGAGUAAACCUAGAACUUCAAACCUUGUUUUUCUCAUCAUUCUUACCAUAAUUCUUUGACAUUCAUUCAAGUACUUGUGUGGGUUAUUGUAAAUUGAUUUUGACAAGUUGUAUAUUAUAUUAAAGCUUAGAAUGUGCUGUUUUAAAGAGCAAUGAAAAUUUCAAAAUAUAUUUUAGGUGAAUUAUUGUUGGUUUUGGAGUGGCAGGUCAUAUAUUUGAUCUAAAUGAGAUAUGAACUUACCCUAACGUAAUUUAUGGUGUGAAUUAUGCAGUGAUGAACUAUCCAAUAUUGCUUAUGACAUUAAACUAACUAUGGAAUGAAAGUAAUA